GUACACCCGGCCGACGCGGAGCCAAUCCCCCACCCCCGGAAAAUUCUCAGCCAAAAUCUCGAAAGCGAAGGGAAGGGGAGGAAACGCAAAACCUAGCCCCUCUCUCCGCCGGAUUCCCCUCCUCCGUCCGCCUCGCCCCCUGCCCCCGCGCCCGGUCUCCGCUUCGCACCACCAGCCAUGUCUUCUCAGGUCGACAGUCGCAGCCAAUCCGCCGGGAAGCGCGCGCGCACCGACGGUGGACGGCGUGAGGACGACUGGGUGUGCCCCAGCUGUAAGAACGUCAACUUCGCCUUCCGCACCACCUGUAACAUGCGCAACUGCAACCAGUCCAGGCCUGUAGAUCACACGAAGGCUAUGCAGAAGCCUAUGCAGACUCCACCCCACUACGCAGCAUCGGCUGGAUACAUGGCCCCUGGGACUCCACCGUCGAUGUACCUCGGUGGGGGUGCUCCCCCAUAUGGCUCCUCCAUGUUUAAUGGGCCUGCAAUGCCGCGUUAUGGCAUUCCUCAGUUCCCUGGGGGUUCGACGUAUCCGUAUGGCUACGGCGGACGCAUACCAAUGGGGAGCCCCUAUGGGCCAAUGCAUAUGGCUGGGCCACCUCCGUAUUCCAGUGGCUCUAUGAUGGGACCAGGUGGAAUGUACGGAAUGCCCAUGGACAGAUAUGGCUUGGCCUUACCUGCUGGUCCUGGUGCAAUGGGCAUAAGGGCUGGCUCAUAUUCUGAUGAGGGUUCCCAGAAGAAGCCUGCAGGAGCUGGACGUGAUAAUGACUGGGAGUGUCCAAAUUGCCACAACAUCAACUUUGCCUUUCGUACAGUUUGUAACAUGCGAAAGUGCAACACACCAAGACCUGAAAACCAGGGCUCCAACUCCAAACCUGAUGGUUCAAGAGGCUCAAAACCAAAAAUGCCAGAGGGUAGUUGGAAGUGCGAGCAGUGCAAUAACAUCAACUAUCCAUUCCGGACAAAAUGUAAUCGCCCACAUUGUGGGGCAGAAAAACCGUUGCAGACAAACAGUGCAAAUGAUUCGGCUACAGAUCAGGACAAUCAGUUUUUUUCAUGUAAUAUUACGACGCUUUUAUCAAAGCUGCAACUUCCACGUGAAUUUCAAGACAACAAUGAGCAGACAUCGAGGGAUCUUCCUGGUCAUGCUGCUGGAGUACCAACAAGUUCGCAUGCCUUGCGAAUGGCAGCUCUCAAUGAAUUGCAGAACAGUGUUACAAACUAAUGUGCUACCAUUUCAUCAAGGUGAGAAAUUUGUGCCAUUUCAUCAAGGUUACAAGUUCGCAUGCCUUGCGAAUGGCAGCUCUCAACGAUAUGCUUGUGUAGCGUGCAAGUGAGCUUUGCUCACAGUUGACUUGGCAAGGAAAUUGGGAGUGGUAAGCUUUGCUCACAGUUGGCUUGCACGGUUGGUCCGACCCUUGAUGCAAGAAUGCAAAGCAGUCGACAUUUGUUCGGAGAUCAUAUUUGUUUCCUUUUUCUUUCACUUGUGCGUUAAAAGUCGAUUGUUUUGUGUUGAUCAAGUCUUCAACGCUCUAUUGUUUGGUGUCAUCGUACUGUAAAUCUUACCCCCGCUUCUAAAUUAGAACUUUGUUGAGACAUCGUGGCACAGGUUGCCUGGAACAAUAGUACGCAGGAUUUGUUGCAUAA